UCGAGCCCUCCUCAUGCCCGCCUGCUGCCUGCCUGCCUGCCAGCCCCCUCUUUGUUUCACACAGCUUCCUACCGGGAGAGCGCGCGCACCUCUGCAUCUCUCCGGUAGGAACGAGCUCCGGUUGUGUCUGAUUUCUGCGCGCUCGCCGCUCGCGGCAGGUUUGUCGGGUUUGAUUCGGUUCACUUCUUUUGUCGUAGCGAGGCUGAGCAUCCUUUGAGCACGAGCGCGUCUCGCCCUGCAAGUGCAACACUCCACGCGCUCCUUCUCCUCCAGCAGCAGCAGCGCGAGGAUGGGGUGCGUUCGCAGCGUCGGUGGGCUGCAGGCUCUGGCGAUUCUUCUCAGUCUCUGGAUUGGAUGUGGUCUCACUGAAGCAGAAACUUUAGUGACGGUACGCAGAGUAACCCACCCCGCCGUCCGUGAGCCGCUCUCAGGCUCCGCCCUCCUCCCCUGCAUCCACACCCUGCAGCUGGACCCGUCCCAGCAGGCCGGGACACCCCGUGUCCGCUGGACUCUCCUCCGUGACGGGGUGGAGACUCCCGUCCUGUGGGCUGUGGACAGGGUUGUCCGGGUUCAUCAGGCGUUCGUGGGGCGCGUGGGACUGCCAGGAUUCUCCCGGGACGUCCUGAACACCUCGCUGUCCCUCUCAGAGCUUCGCACCAACGACUCCGGGACGUUCCGCUGCCACGUGGCCCUGGGGGACACUUACGAGCAGGACACCGUACUGCUGGAGGUCACAGGGGUUGUGUUUCAUUACCGUGCGGCUGCCGAACGCUACUCUCUCUCUUUUGCGGAUGCUGGGCGAGCGUGCGGCCAGGCCUCGGCUCAGAUGGCCUCUCCACAGCAGCUCUGGGCUGCUUUCCAUUCAGGGCUGAACAGCUGCUCUGCUGGCUGGAUCAGCGACCAGUCCGUCAGGUACCCCGUCCAAAAUCCAGAGCUUGGUUGCUAUGGACACGAAGAGUACUCACGCGGCGUGAGGAAUUAUGGGAAACGGGACCCGUCGGAGCUCUUUGAUGUCUACUGCUUCGCCAGUGACAUGCAAGGUGAAGUGUUUCCCUCCUCAGCCCCGGGGAUGCUGCUCCUGCCUGAGGCUGUCGAACACUGCGCAUCACUGGGCAGCCAGCUGGCCACUGUGGGGCAGCUGUACUUGGCUUGGAGGUCCGGCCUGGACCACUGUGAGCCAGGCUGGCUGGCAGACGGGAGUGUGAGGUACUCAGUUAUCAGACCCAGACCUGAGUGUGGGACUGGAAACCCGGGGGUCCGCACCCUUUCAGCAGCUGAACUCGGCAACAGCACCGCCCGGUUUGGUGCAUAUUGCUAUAGAGAUAAAUUGCCAGCCAAGAAACCACGCGGGCUUUUCGCCAACAUUUUGGAGUCCCUCCUGAGACCAUUGAAGUAUAUAAUGGAGGACACGCCAGCCAGCCCAGAGGAGAAUACGGAAGCCGCCUCCAGCACGCACAUUCCCAAUGGAGCCCCAGGUUCCAGCUCCCCCUCUGAGCCGCCCACCUACCAACCGUCUAACUGGACCGGUCAGGUGGAUCUAGACAAGGAACCUGGAGUAGCUGCUGAGUUCCCUGAGUCCUCUGAUGAGUAUGUUACCGUUCGGCUCCAGGUGGGGGACACUUCUCUGGACUGGAGUGGACAGGUGGACUCAGUCCAGGACGGCGAGCUGGACGUUUCAUCUCCAGGCUCUGGAGUCACUCCAGAGAGUCAGGGUGGAUCGGCCAAGGAGGAAGAGGAUGACGAGGGUCUGUCGGGUCAGGCUGCCACCAUGGCCGCUUCCACAACCGUGGCCACGAUCUUGCCCACCACAGCUCAGACCAAGGGGAGGAGCCCUAUGAACAUCAUGAAUUCACUGUGGAAGCCCUGGAACUAUCUGGGAAGUACCGAAGGGGAGGAGCAAGGGACUACCCGAGGUCCAGUUACAGCAUCAAUGGCUGGGGCAAGUUCUACAGUUUCCAGUUCAGAGAUCUCUUCAGCUACAACUGCGACUGCUUCUCCAUCACCAGGGCCAGUAUCAUGGUGGAGGCGAACAUGGUUCACUUACCCUCCAGCUUCUGAUGAUAAAUCAUCCAUGCCUCCUGAGCUUAAGGCCACGGCAGCCCCAUCAGUAGUCCCAUCAGACAGUCCCUCAGCGACCCCUUCAGAAGGUUUAUCAGCAGUUCCUUCUGCAACCCCCUCAGAGGUUCCAUCAACAGCUCCCUCAGCAACCUCUUCAGAAAUCCCAUCAGCAGUUCCAUCAGCAGCCUCUUCAGAGGUCCUAUCAGCUGUUCCUUCAGCAGCCCCUUCAGAGAUCCCAUCAGCAGUUCCUUCAACAGUUCCUUCAGAGGUCUCUUCAGCUGUUCCUUCAACAGUUCCUUCAGAGAACCCAUCAGCAGUCCCCUCAACAGUUUCUUCAGAGAUCCCAUCAGCAGUUCCUUCAACAGUUCCUUCAGAGGUCUCUUCAGCUGUUCCCUCAACAGUUCCUUCAGAGCUCCCAUCAGCAUCCCCUUCCAAUAUUCCAAAAGGCCUGGGACCAGCCGUGACCGUGGGAGAAGAAUGGGCAAUUGUUACCGAGGUUUUCCAGCAGGGACGCCUGAACGCCGACCUGUGGAAUGACACUGAAGUCAAGCAUGAAGAGAAGAGGAACGAAUCCUUGGAACUAGAGGACGACUCUACUGAAAUCAAGGAAGCAGAAGCAGAGGGCAGUUCCUUUGGUGAACUGGACCUCUCAGAAGGUAUCCAAACAACCCUAGCACCCAAAACCAUGACAGGUCUCCCAUCCAGCCCUCCUACCACCACCGAAAGCAUUGUAGCAACUACCGCACAAGUGGACGAGAGCACAAGAGCCGUGGAAGCUCGCGGAGAGAUCCAGUACAAACGCAAGAACAGACACAGAAGGCCAGGUCACCGCAAUCAGAAUGCGACCACCACAGUGGUCACCCCAACAACACUAGCAGGGUCUUCAGAGAAGGAAGAUGAAACCCAUACCACCCAGAGCCCACAAGUGCUUACCUCAGCAUCUCCUACCGUAGGAGAGACAAAAGAAGUCUCCACAGUGGCCUUGGAUCAAACCCAGCCAUCAAGCUUUGGAAUCUUGUUGCCUGGCAACCCUGAAAGUGGCCAUGGCAAUUCUGAGACCAUUAGGAGCAACAGUUCGCAUGGUUCUGAAGCUACAGACAGAUGCAGCUGUUUGCAUGGAGGAACGUGUCUCCCGGAUGGAGAAGGCUUCCGCUGCUUCUGCCCACAGGGCUACACAGGAGAGAGCUGUGAGAUUGAUGUUGACGACUGCCUGUCGAACCCGUGUGAGAACGGCGGGACAUGCAUUGAUAAGGUGGACUCCUUCAUCUGCCUGUGUUUGCCCAGCUACAGCGGAGACAUGUGUGAGAAAGACACUGAGGGCUGUGAGCAUGGCUGGAAGAAGUUUCACGGUCACUGCUACAGGCUGUUCCCCCGCCGGCACACCUGGGAGGAUGCUGAGAAGGACUGCAGGGAGCACAGCGGUCACCUGACCAGCGUCACCUCAACCAUGGAGCAAGACUUCCUCAACGGUCUGGGCCAUGAGAACACGUGGAUCGGGCUGAAUGACAGAACAGUGGAAGAAGACUUCCAGUGGACUGACAACGUGGACUUGGUGUACGAGAACUGGCGGGAGAACCAGCCGGAUAACUUCUUUGCGGGCGGAGAGGACUGCGUGGUCAUGAUCUCUCGAGAGGACGGCAAGUGGAACGACGUGCCCUGUAACUACAACCUGCCCUACAUCUGCAAGAAGGGCACAGUGAUGUGUGGAACUCCUCCUGCUGUGGAAAACGCAUACCUGGUGGGUCGUAGGCGGUCCCACUACGACAUCCACUCGGUGGUGCGUUACCAGUGUGCUGACGGAUUCUUCCAGAGACACAUCCCCACAGCCCGCUGCCGGCCCAACGGAAGCUGGGAGAGGCCCAAGAUUGUCUGCACCAAGUCAAGGAGGUCUCACCGCUACCGGCGGCAACACCACAGAUCCCACCACGAGCACCGGCGACACCGGAGACACGGGGGUGGCCACAGGGGGCGGGACUAGAUCUGUGGAUCACCACCGCCUGCAGAUCCCUGCGUGACGUCCCUUCCUUAGCUUCGAGCUCUGAGGCACAGAGGAGAGCGAAAGGGCCUCCAAGGACAGAAAAGAUCUUGUCUUUUUCUCCCCCCCUCACUCUUUUCUCUUUUUAGAGGUUCCUUUUCUUUCAAGAAUUGUGUUUUUGACUCGUCCUUUCUCUCCUUCUCUUACUCUUGGAUUUAGUUACGACCUUGAUUUCCCCCUCGCUGGUGGGGAAACACUGACUCUUCUAACGUUGCCACUAAUAUACGACUUAGUUUAACACAUGCAGAGUUGAUGUUAACGUAAUUAAAGUUAUCAAGCGGCGGUUUGGUUGCGGGUUGCAGGUUCUGCUGAAUGGUCGAUUUAUUGAUUGAUUGAUUGAUUGAUUGAUUAAUUGAUUUACCUGUGUGUUUGAAGCUGAUUUGUGUGGCUCUGGCCACCCCAGGCAAUUUGCCCUUUGGUAGGACGUUUGUAUUGAUUUUCAUUGUAGUGGCAGGAUGUUCUCCUAGGUCUUGCAGAGUAUGUUUUUGGUUACAGUUAUGUAUAUUUUCUUUGUAGUGCAAUAAUGCUUUAACGAAUGUGUCCCAAACUCCAAAAAUUAAAGAAAUGGCCCCCUCUUGUUGAUGCCUGCUUAUAUUUGAAGUUGUAUCGGUCCUUGUUAUGGCACAGCGAAUUAAAUUUGAGGAUUUUUAACCAUAAAAAUGUCAUGAGACAUGAGAGCACCAUAUCUCCAAACAAAAGCUUUUUGAGGUCUAAAAAACAUUUGUUACACCGUAACACAUUGGGUUAACUAUUAUUCAAGGUCCCUGAAAGCAUUAAUAACGUUGCCCAAACCUGGGUCACAUCUGGCAUUUUACAUUUACAAGUAGUGGUGGCCGCCAUUAUACAACUUGUAUGAAUGAUGGGCAUCAGCAGCCAGAGUCUGAGAGAGAGAGAGCGCAAUUGGCUAAGGGCUUUUUUUUCCCCACAUCACUUCUACAGUAGUCUGAUGUUGGUCAGCACAGGCAUCUGUUGGCUAAUGGAUUAAAGCCGGGGAUUCAGCACUUUCCUCUGAGUCAGAUUGCCGACCUUGCUUUUUCAUACACCUCCUUGUGUUGGUGGCACUGUCGGUGCUUGGGUAACUGACAUUUCAAAAUGUAGAAAACUCAAAAGAAAAUGUGUUAAAUAAAAUUGAAAAAAAGAAAAAUGGAAUGAUUGUCCAAGAAUUGCGCCAGAUGCGUUUUUGGAACAUGUUUUUUUUUUAAGUGAUAUCUGGUCCACUUAUAAAUGCCAGAUGUGGUCAAGGUUUGGCCCAAUGUUGCUAUUUAGGCAUUCAGGUGUUUUUUUUUUCACUUUCUCAGAGCCACAAGAAACCAGUAGGGAGUGUUAGAAAUGUGUUAAAGUGUUAAAAAUAGAGAGCAGUUUUAAUAAACCGAGAGUUUUUCACAUGGCAGUUGACACUGUUUAGCGCUCCUCAUUUCACUUUCAGCGUUAAUUAAAAACGGUGUUGAUUCAUAAUUUGAAUCUUGCUGAAUGUAUGAUUAGCACAGUGUAACUAAUGUCAUAUUUGGUUGCAAAUUUUGUUAAUUAAUAUUUUGGUCCAUUAAUGAAAGUGUGAAUUGCAAAGUAAUGCUUGUGUGGUCGACUGUGCGCAUGAGUUUGUGCUGUUUAUGAAGGCUGUUGGAACACCAGAUUCUUUUUCAACUGUAGAAUAAAUGGUUCUCACAGCAAACAAACAAAUGUAGCUAACAGGCUAUCAGUCACCACCCAGUAUCAUUUCUGCUGUUCCUCUAAAAACAUUCACUAAAGCUUCAGUUUAGUACAGACUGGAUGCGAAGCUGUCAUGUGUUGAGGAAUUAUCCUAGCUAAUCAGAUACAGCUUCAUACACCACAUAAAUUAUUGUAUUUUGGCUUUCUUUUGGUGAGAAGACCAGCCAAUGUUUGAAAAACAAAUGGGAGUGUGCAUUUGGCUCAAACUUGGUUUGAUUAGCUUCAAUUGACUUGCUGGUUAUACCAUGUGUCGCUAAUUGGGGAAAAACUCCCCCAUGGUGUGGAGAUCUGCGCAAGCGCAGUAGCCAAAGCAAGCUGAAACAUCAGUUGUUUGGGCAUUAUCGAGACAAACUCUACAAAAUAUUCACAAGGAGAGAUAUAAAAUGCUUUUGAAAUGGCAAUUUCAAGCUAAGUUUUAAGGAUUUUGGUCUUUUCCUGUUCACAGAGAUCAGAAUCAGUUUUUAUUUGACUGGCUACUGAGUGAAUAGACUUGAAUUUAACUGUAAGUUGAACCAAUUAGAACCAGAACAGAACCAUUUAGCCCUACAGUGAAAAAGGUCUAAUGUCUGUUCUCACAAACAGUAAUCAGACUUUUCAAAGGAAAAAACAGGGUUACCACCUUAUAUACUAUCAAAAUCUUCACUAAAUUUGGCUGUAGUGAAAGUUGUAAACUAGUUAAUUACCAAAACCUGUCAGUUGCUCUGACUACCUAAAGGGCCCAUAUCCUAGAUGUUUCCCUGAGGUACACUUGCAAAGCUUUUGUGAAUUUAUGUACCAAAAACAGCCACUUUUCCAUGAUUUUUUUAAAUUAUCAUUUUCUAUUGUCUAUUUAUACCCCAUAAUUACCACAAAACAGGCUGUUUUUGUUACUGUGCCUUUAAGACUGAGAUUUGUAAAUAACCUCGCUUCUGAUUGGCUACCCAGUGUUGUGCCUCGUUUGAAAAAGCAGUCGUAAAUGGGCGGGGCCAAACUGCUGUUAACUGAAUAGGUGGAUAUUAUGUAAAUGUAAAUGUGUUGGCUAUCAUGACAUCACAAUUAGAUGCAUUAGAAAAAAAUGUUUUUGUAGAUUAAUUUCAGUACAUAAAAUUCCAUAUGGUUUGUAACAGAAAGUCACAGUGUUCGCGAACUACUGAUUUUUACAUUUUUGAUUUAAAAAGGUAAAAUUUAAUUUUCCGUAAUAUGGGCCCUUUAAGCCUAGCAUUUCCCUUUCCCUCAUUUUUCUCGAUUUUGUGUCUCUCCCAUCACACAUUUAGUUUUACUCAGUGUUUUUUUAUAUUUGCUUCAAUCUAAAUUAGACCCCGUUCACACCUGAUCACUUUAAACACCAUAUACAUGUGGAUUAUAUCUGGAUAAGGCAAAUCCACAUAAAAUGCAACUGUAAAUGCACCCAAGACUCUUUUUCUUUUGCGAGUCCUUCUGUCUGAAAGCCGGGGCUUCUGCCGUGUCAGCUGAUGAGAGUCUGGGUUACAGCACGUGUGAGGGUCCGGUGUGUGAUGGAUCUGGUCUGUGAGAUGUUACUGUGUCUUCUUUUUGGUGUUAUUAUGACUUCUCGUUGAUGUGUUCUUUAUUAAGCUGGAAACAGACCAACAAUAAAACUGAUUGGAUCAGAACUA